AUGAUUGACCUGGAUCGUUUUGAGCGCAAUCAAAUUGACGAAUUGAGGAAAGAAAUCCAAGUUAUGAGCUUAUGUCGCCAUCCAAACUUGCUUCCCAUUCUUACAACGUUUGUUCACAAAACAAAGCUAUGGAUUGUCACUCCAUUCCUUUCUGGCGGUUCGUGCCUCGACAUCAUAAAAGGAUACUUCCCCACAGGGUUUGAGGAAUAUGCGAUUGCAACGAUCCUCAAGCAGGCUCUUCAGGGAUUAGCAUAUCUGCACAAAUCUGGACAUAUCCAUCGUGAUGUAAAGGCGGGAAAUCUGCUGAUCGACAAACAUGACGGAACUGUGAAGCUAGCGGAUUUUGGCGUUUCGUCCUCUUUCUUGGAGGACGGAGAAAGGCAAGGAAUUAGGAAGACUUUUGUGGGUACUCCUUGCUGGAUGGCUCCGGAGACGGAAGGAUACAAUUCGAAAGCAGACAUUUGGUCUUUUGGCAUUACAGCACUGGAAUUGGCGCUUGGAAGUGCUCCAUUUUCUAAAUAUCCGCCGAUGAAGGUGAUCUACAUGACUCUGACUAAUCAACCACCUUCUCUGGACCGGUCAAAGACCAAGCAUAAAUACUCCAAAUCGUUUAAGGACAUGAUAGACUCAUGUCUGGUUAAAGAUCCCUUAAAAAGGUUUGUAUCUUCCGUUAAAAUUUACUUUUUCAAUUCCAAUGGCAGCCAAAUACUAACGCAAAAUAGGCCUACGGCCGAGGUGCUGUUGAAGCACUCUUUUUUUAAAUUAGCCAAGAAAAAUUCGUAUCUUUCCUCGGAAAUUCUCAACUCCAUUCCCUCAGUCAAUGAGCGCAACACUUCAGGCCAAAGGAAAAAUGCGGAAUACACCACUUUAGAUAUUCAAAAUGCUCUCGAUGAAGACCAUUUGGCUCUCCAAAGCCACAUUUCGAUCAACUCUAGCGAUAGAGAGGUGGCUACAGGCCAGAGUUGGGAUUUUAGGUCUGAAAUAGAAGAUUUUGCUAAUGACGACAAUUCUGGUCAGUACUUUUCGGAUUCAGAGUCUCUCAUAGGGAGAGAUGGCUGUGCACAAGCCCCAAAUCCAUAUCCCUCUUCUCAACUCUCUUUACCGAUUCCACUAACGCACCCGUGUUCACUUUCAUUGAGGGAAUAUAUUUUGCUAGAAUCUACGGAUCCAUCCUUCGAUGAAACAUCAGCCUCAGCUCCUUCACGAAAUUCUGAAAUUAAAAAGGGAAGAUUUAGCAUUUUGGAGGCAGCAGCCUCCUCUUGUUCUUUGUCUCCAACAUCAUCGGCAAACAUUAACUUUUCAGUUAAAUCUGUCCCAGUCGAAUCUGAUUCUUUUGGUACCGAGGAACUAAGAACACUAUUAUCCGAUUCAAAUAUAGCAUAUGGCAACAACGAAGCUUCAGAUUCGAUCAAUUCUUCGUCUUCAUCGACAGAAUCUACCCUAUUUAGCAAGGAUGAUGACAGAAAGCUUAGACAGGAUGGGGGUAUUGACGGGUCCUCAAAAAGCAGAUUUACCAAAGUAAAUGAGGGUAGCAAUGAUAGCGAAUCACCGCAAACUACGAUUACCUCUGUUGAAGAAUUGGUUGUUCUUAUCAAGGGCACACUGAACAUAUCAUCUGACACCGAGUUACAAAAUCUCCGGAGUAUUAUUUCAAGAAAAAACAUAUCGAUUUCGACAAAGGAUUUUGAAAAGGAUUGUGACCAAAGCGAGGAUUCUAGAGUUUGUAAUGACAUUAACAAAUCGCUUUUUAUCAAGCUGAAAACCGUUCGCGAUCAACUUUCAUUGUUUAUAAAAGAGCUAGAUAACCAAGAAGCAGGUCAUGAAAUAAAUUUGAACAUUAAAGUGUCAAAGUUGAUUGGCCUGGCGUUAAGGGUUAAAACAUUAAAGCUGUUCAUUGCGAUCUCAGAUGCUUCUCUGCGUCAAGCCGAAAAAUAA